CGUCACGGGUGUACUUAAAAUUCAAAGCCAAAACUAAGUUUAUUAAUCAACAUGACGUUUAAUUAAUAUAGCGAUACGUGACAACCAUACAUAACCACCCUCUCGUUUAGUGCUACACCUUGCAUAUUCGUUGCCAUAGUUUUCUUCCUACAGUAGCUAAUGUAACGUAGAAUAAACCAAGUAACGUUUGAGAUUUUGAGCUAAAAAUAAUAAUAGAGCACGCGGAGGGAGCACACAGGUCACAACCAGGCGGGUUAAUACCCAACUUGGCCGUGACCAGACGCAGCAGGAGUGCCCGACACGCCCACUGCGGAUCGUUCAGUCGCCUUUCGUUCACGUACUCGUCCAAGCUGCCCCCCGCAAGGCUAUGGCGUUCUAUUCAACGCAAUACACCACCAUGAGGGCGGGAGUGGCUAGCGAAGGUGCGGAUACAUGAAGAGUGUGGUGGUAAAUACGUCAGACCAGAGGAUGUGGCGGCGCCGGAGGAGCUUCAAGCCAGUCAACGUCCGGGCACGUCGCCCACACACACACUAUACGCCUUACAUCAUACUAAAAAAGAAAAUAGUUGAGGCGCUGUGAUAUGUGGAGUGCUUGAAAGUAUGUCGCGUGAUCCUACGAGACGUCCCGCGGACUGACGCUGAAUCCAGUGUGAGGAAUUUGAGUUAUGUGCAGCGGCCAGCAAAGAUAAGUGGCGUCGCUACCCUGCUGACUAGUCGCGAUGGUUGUACCCAAAACUGUUCUGCUUCUCUUGAUACUGCAAGAUGCAGUAGGGGAAAUCGAUUACUCUCUCUGGUGUUACGAGUGCGGCACAGGCGUAGCCGGGGAACCCGACUGCGAGGCUUUCGCUCACGCCUCCUCCUGGGCUUCAUUCUGGAGGAAAUGUCCCAAAGACCACAUCUGUGUUAAAACUGUACCUAGCUGGGCUUCUAGUGACGAGAGUCGGAUGGUACGAGGAUGUUCCCCGGGGGCCAAUCUGCGAGGAACGCCGUUAAAGACGGGCUGUUGGAGUACCACUAACUCCCCGACCAUCAUGUGCUUCUGCGACACUGACCGUUGCAACGCCGCCCGCACGCCCACGGUUCCCGCCCUGACAGUGGCGGCACUUCUUGCCCUCGGCGCCGUCGUCAGGUGAUAAGAGCAGGGGAAAAGAGGAAGGUCGGUGCGGCAGAGGGCGAAGCAUCAGGCGCAAUUCCCAAUGUCUUUCACAGUAACUCAAAGCACAAAUGGAAUACUCGCCGUAAUACAUUAUAAUACGUAAUAUGUGUUUCACUCCUGUACAUUUAAACACAAACAUUCGCCGAACAUUAAAUGUACUUAAUUUUCAGAUAAAUUUUGCCAUUUUCAGAUAAAUUCUAGGUUUGUUUUAUACAGGUUUAGUGUAUACUAAUUAGUUUACUGCUUUGUGUACUGUAUUGUAUUUAAUGUAUUUUAUUAGAUUACUGUACUAAUCACUUUUUAUCAACAUUCAUAAUCUAGAACAGUUCAUUAUUUCGUUAUAUAUUUUUCUGAAUAUUCUAUGACGUAAAAUUUCACAUGCUGCAAUACAAGAAAUUUUCCAAUAAAAUUCUAUCGAGAUGAAGAGAGAGAGACUGUACCUGAAAGCAGCCCAUCAGAUAUCUUUACAUAACUAACCACAUACCUAAAGAUAACUCGCUAGAUUACAUAAAACCGAUAACUGGAUACUUUCAAGAUAAAAAUAAGAAAAACAAUGUUUCCAAAAUAGAUAAGGGCAUGAGCACUUUAAUGCAGUCAUAACCAUCCUGAGAUGGUCAUUCAUUUUCUUAAAUAAAAACAAUGUUGAAAUUUGCAACUGUCUUCAUUAGAGACCAUUGUUGUUAUCAAUAUAUGUAGCUAGGAAGAGUAAUUUAAAAAAAUUAUUGAUAAUUGGAUGUAACUUGCCUAUAUAUAUAGUUAUCUAUUUAAAUCUGUUUCGAAGAGAAAAAAUGCUAAAUCAAUUAAGAAAAAAUACUGGAAGCGAACUUUAUCAUUUUUAUAAUUUUUUAACUGCUUUAAAGAUUUGUCAAAGUAAAUAUUAAAUUAAUAAUUUAAAAUAUUUAAGGGGCAUUAUUCUACAGCCCUGAGAACUUCCCCGUGUAUUUAUCAUGUCACCCGUUUCAUUGAGAUAAGUUUGUGGUUACUAUGAGUUACUACGCGGGUUUGUUUAUCAACAAGGGCCACGCGGGUUUGUUUAUCGACACGGGCCACGCGGGUUUGUUUAUCGACAACGGCCACGCGGGUUUGUUUAUCGACAACGGCCACGCGGGUUUGUUUAUCGACAACGGCCACGCGGGUUUGUUUACCAACGUUCCACGUGGGUUUGUUUACCAACGUUCCACGUGGGUUUGUUUACCAACGUUCCACGUGGGUUUGUUUACCAACGUUCCACGCUUGUGGUUACUAUGGUAUACGAUGCCAGUUUCUCUACCAACGUUCCACUAGGGGUUGUGCAUCAACACUUCGCUCUGGCUUAUUUAAUAGUACUUUUUUUUAAUGACCAUGGUAGGGUGGGUAAAUGAUUAUAUUAGCUCUCAAAACACUGCAAGCUUUAGGUAGAGGUGUCUGGAGGGAGUGGAAGGUAGGCGGCGGAAUGCAGUAUGCGCAAGAUGGCAAACAAAUCAUAAUGCUUUAUACGUGAGUUGGAGGUCACUGACGACUUGCUGGUCUCUUGCACCAGAUCCUCACCAAUGUCUGGUUCCCUUCCCCCCCCCCCACUUUUGACGCAGGUGGUACACCGGUUUGAACGAUUACAUUUCAAUUUUUUUAGAGACAGUCUUUAUGUUGGCGAAUGUUGCAUGUGCAACUAAGGGUAUCCGGCGUCUGCACGUCUCAAGAAAUUAGUUAUGCACCUCCAAAUUAUUUCCCCCCGUGUGUACGCGUAAAACUGUCUACUUUAGGUUUGCCGGAUAUACCGUCAGAUCCUGAACGCACCCUUUCAGCCAGUGAUAAUCAACUGCAAUGAUUUUCAACCUUCUUUCCCAAAAAAAACAAAACAUCCCAUUACCAUUUUUUUUAUAAGGUUGCUUCAGUCAGUCUUCCCUAGAUCAUUUAUUGAAUUCGCUCAACUUUCAGUGUGAUGCAAGUGCGUGAAUGUGUACACAAAGACACUGGCCAUCAACACUCACCGUCUCGAAGCAGGCUUGAAUCAGGUUGGGUGGGAAGAAGUUUCUGGAAGAAAGGUAGACAAUCAUUUAUAUGUAGACAUCACAUUUGCUCUCAACAUUAUGUCAAGUGAAGACAGGUUCAAUUGGUGCUUGUAGUGUGAUAAUUGGGGACAGAAAUACUUCUCAUAAACAAUGCAUUUCACAUGUGUAAUGUAGUACGGGUGUGCUUAUAACUUUAUAUUUAGUGAAGAUAAUUUUUUUUUCAUAUUGGUUGACAUUGAUUUAAGAGUAUUAGACUAGAAGAGGCCCCUAGACAAAUGAUCUUUUUAGCUUGUUUGGGUGCAAGUUAAGAUCAGCCACCGGCUAGACUGGAAAGGGUGAGGACUGA